AUGCCAGGAUUGCAUCAACUAAGACCGGCCGAUCGUUCGCGCCGCAAGCGCAAGCGUGUUGGGCGUGGAGAUGGCAGCGGUAGCGGCUCGUACUCCGGGCGAGGCAGCAAAGGUCAGCUGCAGACCGGCAAGGUACCGUUCCUGUUCGAGGGCGGUCAGCUACGCUUGGUCAAGCGACUGCCAUUUAUGCGCGGCUUCACGAACAAGUUUCGCGUUGAAUACUCCCCCGUCAACGUCGCUAGUUUGAACAUGUUCGAGAACGGCUCACAGAUCGGGCCGGAUGAACUCGUGGCGAACCGCAUCGUCCGCAAUACAGGGGUGAACAUCAAGCUUCUAGGUGAUGGCGAAAUUGGAGGAAGCGUCCACCUGACGGUGCAUGCCUGUUCCGCCAGCGCACGGGCUAAGAUCGAAGCCGCAGGUGGCAGCAUUACGCUUAUCGGCGGCGCGAGUGCGUCCGAAGACUCGACCUCAGACGAGUAA